GCCCUGGCCCGUUUCGUUCAUCCGUCGGUCUGUCCGCUCCCGCCCCCUUCCACCGUCUCCAAUCCCCCUACACUCUGGAAGGCGGGCGGGCGGGCAGGCGGGUGCGAGCGAGGGGUGUGCGCCGCUCUCUCCGCAGGGGGCGGGGGAGGCGGCCGCGCGGUGACGCGCGGGGCUGCUGCGGCUGCUCCGCCGGCGGAUCAUCACUCUCGGGCUGGGAUGGACGCGGGGCGGGUGGGCCCUGGCGCGCGGAGCCAGGAGUCCGGGCCUCCUGGCUGCUGAGCGUCCCCCGAAGCCUCCCCCUUACCCCCGCUUCCCUUCCUAGGAGCCCUGUCGACCCCCACCCUGGGGCUUCAGACUCGACUCCCGCCCUCCUCUGACUCCCUGGACCUCCCCCUCCCGCCCGCCCUCGGGAUCGACUAGAUCCCUCCCCCUCCCCGAGGAUUCCGGCUGGAUCCCGGCCCCUGCACCGCAGAUCCUGAGCUCCCGGGUUCCGGGCCCCUGGGGAUUGCCGUGGACACCUCCUCCCGCACCCGAUCCCUUAGGAUCUUCCGCCUGUACCACCUUCUGGUCCCUCGAAGACGGCCCACGGAGCCAGUGGAUCCCCAAUCCAGUCCUUUCUUGUUGCCCCUUCUUCGCUCCUCCGGCCCCACUGCGGGGUUCCCUGUUCUCAGGUUCCUCCUGACCCCAUCCCCUACCUCUCCUUUCCCCGGGGAUCGACUGGAUCCCGGCCCCGCCCCCCGGGGCUGGGGCGAUCCCCCUCCCCCGCCCGGUGAGGCGCUGCGGGCGGGGGCUGGGCCUGCGGGGCCGCGGGGGCUCAGAGGCCGCCGCCCCCCUCCCGAAGCCCGUCCGCCCCCUACUCGGAGCCCUGGAUGGAGGCACCACGGCCCCAGGGCUGAGCCAGUCGGGGCCUGCCUUCACCUUCUCCCACUUCCUUCCCCUUCCCCACCCCUUGCCCCCUCCAUGGAGAGGAACAGACCCUUUCUCUGUCCAGUCUAACCCAGGUCCCUCCCCACCCCCCUCCUCCCUCCUUUCCCCCGCCCCCUCCUCCCUACUGGGGCGAGGGGGGGCCUCCCUCCCUCUCCCCCCCCUUCUCUCUCUCUCCGAGGGGGGGGGGUCCCGGGGAGGGAGGGGGGGUCCCCCGAUCAGCAUGUGGCUCCUGGCGCUGUGUCUGGUGGGGCUGGCAGGGGCUCAACGGGGGGGAGGGGGUCCCAGCAGCGGCUCCCCAGGCAGCCCAGGCCUGGGCCUCAGCAGCCUCGGGGAGGAGCGCUUCCCAGUGGUGAACACAGCCUAUGGGCGAGUGCGCGGUGUGCGGCGCGAGCUCAACAACGAGAUCCUGGGCCCCGUCGUGCAGUUUUUGGGCGUGCCCUACGCCACACCACCCCUGGGUGCCCGCCGCUUCCAGCCGCCCGAGGCCCCCGCCUCGUGGCCCGGCGUGCGCAACGCCACCACCCUGCCGCCCGCCUGCCCGCAGAACCUGCACGGGGCGCUGCCCGCCAUCAUGCUGCCCGUGUGGUUCACCGACAACUUGGAGGCGGCCGCCACCUACGUGCAGAACCAGAGCGAAGACUGCCUGUACCUCAACCUCUACGUGCCCACCGAGGACGGUCCGCUCACAAAAAAACGUGACGAGGCGACGCUCAAUCCGCCAGACACAGAUAUCCGGGACUCCGGGAAGAAGCCGGUGAUGCUGUUUCUGCAUGGUGGCUCCUACAUGGAGGGGACCGGGAACAUGUUCGACGGCUCCGUCCUGGCCGCCUACGGCAACGUCAUUGUAGCCACACUCAACUACCGGCUUGGGGUGCUCGGCUUUCUCAGCACCGGGGACCAGGCGGCCAAAGGCAACUACGGACUCCUGGACCAGAUCCAGGCCCUACGCUGGCUCAGUGAGAACAUCGCCCAUUUUGGGGGUGACCCUGAGCGCAUCACCAUCUUCGGAUCAGGGGCAGGGGCCUCCUGUGUCAACCUUCUGAUCCUGUCUCACCAUUCAGAAGGGUUGUUCCAGAAGGCCAUCGCCCAGAGCGGCACGGCCAUCUCCAGCUGGUCGGUCAACUACCAGCCGCUCAAGUACACGCGGCUGCUGGCGGCCAAAGUGGGCUGCGACCGGGAGGACAGUGCGGAGGCUGUGGAGUGCCUGCGCCGGAAGCCCUCAAGGGAGCUGGUGGACCAGGACGUGCAGCCCGCCCGCUACCACAUCGCCUUUGGGCCCGUGGUGGACGGUGACGUCGUCCCCGAUGACCCUGAGAUCCUCAUGCAGCAGGGGGAGUUCCUCAACUACGACAUGCUCAUUGGCGUCAACCAAGGAGAGGGUCUCAAGUUCGUAGAGGACUCCGCAGAGAGCGAGGACGGCGUGUCUGCCAGCGCCUUUGACUUCACCGUCUCCAACUUUGUGGACAACCUGUACGGCUACCCGGAGGGCAAGGACGUGCUUCGGGAGACCAUCAAGUUCAUGUACACGGACUGGGCCGACCGGGACAAUGGCGAGAUGCGGAGAAAGACCCUGCUGGCGCUCUUUACAGACCACCAGUGGGUGGCACCGGCAGUGGCCACCGCCAAGCUACAUGCUGACUACCAGUCCCCUGUCUACUUUUAUACCUUCUACCACCACUGCCAGGCCGAGGGCCGGCCCGAGUGGGCAGAUGCAGCGCAUGGGGAUGAGCUGCCCUACGUCUUUGGCGUGCCCAUGGUGGGUGCCACCGACCUCUUCCCCUGCAACUUCUCCAAGAAUGACGUCAUGCUCAGCGCUGUGGUCAUGACCUACUGGACCAACUUCGCCAAGACUGGCGACCCCAACCAGCCUGUGCCGCAGGACACCAAGUUCAUCCACACCAAGCCCAACCGCUUCGAGGAGGUGGUGUGGAGCAAGUUCAACAGCAAGGAGAAGCAGUACCUGCACAUCGGCCUGAAGCCGCGCGUGCGCGACAACUACCGCGCCAACAAGGUGGCCUUCUGGCUGGAGCUCGUGCCGCACCUGCACAACCUGCACACGGAGCUCUUCACCACCACCACGCGCCUGCCCCCCUACGCCACGCGCUGGCCGCCGCGCCCGCCCCCCGGCGCCCCGGGCACGCGCCGCCCGCCGCCGCCCGCCACGCUGCCGCCCGAGCCUGAGCCUGAGCCGGGCCCCCGCGCCUACGACCGCUUCCCUGGGGACUCCCGAGACUACUCCACCGAGCUCAGCGUCACGGUGGCCGUGGGCGCCUCGCUCCUCUUCCUCAACAUCCUGGCCUUCGCCGCGCUCUACUACAAGCGGGACCGGCGGCAGGAGCUGCGGUGCCGGCGGCUCAGCCCCCCCGGCGGCUCGGGCUCUGGGGUACCAGGCGGGGGCCCCCUGCUCCCCGCCGCCGGCCGUGAGCUGCCGCCCGAGGAGGAGCUGGUGUCCCUGCAGCUGAAGCGGGCCGGGGGCGUCGGGGCGGACCCCGCCGAGGCCCUGCGCCCCGCCUGCCCGCCCGACUACACCCUAGCCCUGCGACGGGCCCCGGACGACGUACCUCUGCUGGCCCCCGGGGCCCUGACCCUGCUGCCCAGCGGCCUGGGGCCCCCGCCGCCCCCGCCGCCCCCGUCCCUGCACCCCUUCGGGCCCUUCCCCCCGCCGCCCCCCACCGCUACCAGCCACAACAACACGCUACCACACCCCCACUCCACCACUCGGGUAUAGGGGGAGGCUGGCGGGGGAGGCCCCCCUCCCUAGCCCUCCCCGCCGCCGCUGCUGCCAGCGCCGCCAGCGCCGCCGUGGCCGUGGCCAUGGCCGCCGCCGUCGGGGGGCAAUGCGGCCAGAAGGCAGGGAAGAGGACUGGCCACAGGCUUCUCGCGCGCCGGAGAUGCCCCGCGGCGGGAGCGCCAGGUGGACAUGGGUUUCCGCACCGGGGUGCGUGUCUUUCCCAUGCCGAGAGGCCCGUCCUCUUCUCUGGACCAGGGCCUCGGAACAGCCGGGGAGUUCCGGCCCCUCCAUUGGGACACCAGUCUUGGUUGUGUGGAAACGUGGACGUGUUUUCCCACGGGGAGGCGUGCUUUCUCACGAGGGGGUGUGUUUUCCCAUGUGCAGGGUGAGGUGUUUUUUUUUUGCCGCCCUGGACACAUGUUGGCCCCCUCAAAAGAAUUUCUGCGGGGAUUUGUACCCCAGAAUCCCAUUCCCUCCUGCCUUCUCCCCCCCACCCCACCUCCCUACCCAAUGGAGACCCUGGAAGUGGUGUGUUCCCGGACAGUGACCCUUGGGAAGGAACCGAGGAAAUCAAGUCGUUCCCCCCCCAACUCCCACUGUGUGCCCCCCCCCCACCCACCCCAGCGAAGCAUGUUUAUCCCCCGUGGCCGAUGUCAGAUGAAGACCGUGCUCUGGUGGGAUUCCCUGCGGGGCAAAGGGAGGAGAUCCGUUGUCCCUGGGCUGCCUGGGAACUUUUCCCACGGGUCCAGGACGCAUCUCCCUGAGUGGAAACAUGUUCUUGCAUGUGGAUGUGUGUUUUCCCAUGCAGACAGCCCCUUUCCCGCCAGCUUUCCCCCGCGGCCCCCCAGACCUGAGGCCUAGCACUUAGCUCCUCCCCCCCCAGUAGGUGGGAACACACUUCAGACUGACGGAAGUGGAGUGUGGAGGCCGUACAAAUCCUGGGGGCAGACCACGGCCUGUCUCCCCCACCCAAGAGCUGCCAAGUCGGGGGGGGGGGGGCAUGCCACCCACGGAGGCCAUGCAUGUUUGACCAAAGCCCUCACUGGGGUCUGAGAACAGCCUUUCCCUCAGUUCUCAGACCACUGCUCAUCCGUGCCAAACUGGAUUAGGUGGGUUUGUGGGGGGGAGACCCCCAAAAUGUUCCAAGGAUUCCCCAGGCCUGGGCCAGGGCAGGUAAAUUUGGGGACAAAUGGGAUAUGGGGGACGGAAGUGGCAGCGAAAGGGGUCUUGCCUGUGUCUCUCCUCCUUUCCUGUGUCAUCCCUCCCUCUCUGCCUCAGUGUCCCUCCUCCCUUCUCUGUCUCCCUCCUUGAAGCCACCCAGUGUCAGUGUCAGAACACCUUCUCCCCUCAGCCGCCCACCCCCUUCUUUGACGAGGCCCCCUUCCCUCAGCCGGGGCUGAAGGAAAGGAGCCGCGGGAAGAGGGCGCAGGGGGAAGGGCUUCAUGGGACAGGCUGGGGAGAGAAUGAGGUCAGCAGUGCUGAGAACAGAUGGAGGGGGCCAUGGGGGACAGGGCUUGGGCAGAUAGCAGCAGGGCGAAUCUGAAAGGUCGUGUGCAGUGGCCGCCCCGGAGAGGAACUGCCUGGGGAGAAAGGGUUUGGGCCUCUGGGAGAGAAGAAUGGUGUCAAGUAGGGUUUUAAGGGACACCAGUGGAGGAAAGUCCUUGUCUGCUGGGGGCGGGUUCGUUAGUGCCAAACUUGAAUAGGAGGUGGGGGGCUGUCUUCCACUGACACUCAAAUCCGGAAUCCCUGGUCUUGGCUCCCCAGAACUCUGCCUCCUGACUGUCCCUUCUCCCACCUCCCGCCAUGGAAACUUAGUUCUUUUCUGACCCCUCCCCUUGCCUGGUCUAGCUCCUCUCCAAAUGGCCAUGCCCUCUAAAUGCUAGGGACCUGGGCCCUGAACCUUGUAGACAGAUGCCCCCCCCAGACUGGGGCAUGGGAGGGGGGCUGGGGGACCCCAUGAUUCAGCCACGGACUCCAAUGCCCAGCCCCUCUCCCCAGAACAACCCCCAGACAAUCCCACACCCCUGCCCCAACCCUUUGCGGCUCUGUACACAUUUUUAAACCUGGCAAAAGAUGAAGAGAAUAUUGUAAAUAUAAAAAUUUAACUGUU